AUGGCAACGCCGCGCGGCAAGUCGGAGCCGCUGCCACUCCCCGAGUACAGCUGCAGCUACGCGGUGUCGCGGCCGGUCUACAGCGAGCUCGCCUUUCAGCAGCAGUACGAGCGGCGCCCGCAGGAGCGCACGACGCUGCGGGAGAGCCUGGCCAAGGGCUGCAGUUGUUCAAGAAAGAGAACCCUUGGUGUGCUGAAGACUCUCCUGCCCAUCUUGGACUGGCUCCCCAAAUACCGAGUCAAGGAAUGGCUGCUUAGUGACAUCAUAUCAGGAGUUAGUACUGGGCUGGUGGGUACGCUGCAAGGCAUGGCGUACGCUCUGCUGGCUGCAGUUCCUGUUGGAUUUGGUCUCUACUCAGCCUUUUUUCCUAUCCUGACAUACUUUAUCUUUGGAACAUCAAGACAUAUCUCAGUUGGACCUUUCCCAGUGGUCAGUUUAAUGGUGGGAUCUGUUGUUCUGAGCAUGGCCCCCGACGAACACUUUCUCAUAUCCAGCAGUAAUGGAACUGCAUUAAAUACUACCAUGAUAGACUAUGCGGCUAGAGAUGCAGCAAGAGUAUUGAUUGCGAGCUCCCUUACUCUUUUGGUUGGAAUCAUACAGUUGAUAUUUGGAGGUUUGCAGAUCGGAUUCAUAGUGAGGUACCUGGCAGAUCCUUUGGUUGGUGGAUUCACAACAGCUGCUGCCUUCCAAGUGUUGGUCUCACAGCUCAAGAUCGUCCUCAAUGUUUCAACCAAAAACUAUAAUGGAGUUCUCUCCAUUAUCUAUACUCUGAUUGAGAUUUUUCAAAAUAUUGGUAAUACCAAUCUUGCUGACUUCAUUGCUGGAUUACUCACCAUUAUCAUCUGUAUGGCAGUUAAGGAAAUAAAUGAUCGAUUUAAACACAAAAUCCCAGUCCCUAUUCCUAUAGAAGUAAUUGUGACAAUAAUUGCUACUGCCAUUUCCUAUGGAGCCAACCUGGAAAAAAAUUACAACGCUGGCAUUGUUAAAUCCAUCCCAAGGGGGUUUUUGCCUCCUAUACUUCCACCUGUGAGCUUGUUCUCUCAGAUGCUGGCUGCAUCAUUUUCCAUCGCGGUGGUGGCUUAUGCUAUUGCGGUGUCUGUAGGAAAAGUAUAUGCUGUCAAGUAUGAUUACACCAUCGACGGGAACCAGGAAUUCAUUGCCUUUGGGAUCAGCAACAUCUUCUCGGGAUUCUUCUCUUGUUUUGUGGCCACCACUGCCCUGUCCCGCACUGCUGUCCAGGAGAGCACUGGGGGAAAGACACAGAUUGCUGGCAUCAUCUCAGCUGGGAUCGUGAUGAUCGCCAUUGUUGCCCUGGGGAAGCUGCUGGAACCCUUGCAGAAGUCGGUCUUGGCAGCUGUUGUAAUUGCCAACCUGAAAGGGAUGUUUAUGCAGGUGUGUGACGUUCCUCGUCUGUGGAGGCAGAACAAGACUGAUGCUGUUAUCUGGGUGUUUACGUGCAUAGCGUCCAUCAUUCUGGGGCUGGACCUGGGUUUACUAGCUGGCCUUGUAUUUGGAUUACUGACUGUGGUCCUGAGAGUUCAGUUUCCUUCAUGGAACAGCCUUGGAAUCAUCCCUACCACAGACAUCUACAAAAGUACCAAGAAUUACAAAAACAUUGAAGAACUUGAAGGAGUGAAGAUUCUUAGAUUUUCUAGUCCUAUUUUUUAUGGCAACGUCGAUGGUUUUAAAAAAUGUAUCAAGUCCACAGUUGGAUUUGAUGCCAUUAGAGUGUAUAAUAAGAGGCUGAAAGCACUGAGGAAAAUACAGAAACUCAUCAAAAAAGGGCAAUUAAGAGCAACAAAGAAUGGCAUUAUAAGUGAUGCUGGUUCAUCGAAUAAUGCUUUUGAGCCUGAUGAAGAUAUUGAAGAUCCAGAAGAACUUGAUGUCCCAACCAAGGAAAUAGAGAUUCAAGUGGAUUGGAACUCUGAGCUUCCUGUCAAAGUGAAUGUUCCCAAGGUGCCAAUCCAUAGCCUUGUGCUCGAUUGUGGAGCUAUAUCUUUCUUGGAUGUUGUUGGAGUGAGAUCAUUGAGAGUGGUUGUCAGAGAAUUCCAAAGAAUUGAUGUAAACGUGUACUUUGCAUCGCUUCAAGAUCAUGUGACAGAAAAACUGGAGAAAUGUGGUUUCUUUGAUGAUAACAUCAGAAAGGACAUAUUCUUUUUGACUGUCCAUGAUGCUGUCCUCCACGUACAGAACCAGGCAAAAUCCCGAGAGGUUCAAGAUUCCAUUUUAGAAACGAUCUCUCUCAUCCAAGACAGUAAAGAUCCUCUUGAAUUAAUGGAAGCAGUGCUGAUGGAAGAAGAACUUGAUGUCCAGAAUGAGGCUAUGCGCAGACUUGCUUCCUGAAAGUGGGCUCAGGAGAUCACUACAAGCAAGGACUGAAAAGCAAAAUUUACCCACCAAUGGAAUUCUAUGCAAAUAUUUUCUGCAUUGACAAUUUCUUUGGACUUGAAACACUCAUUCUUUUUCUAUUAGAUUUUUAAAAAUCUUUAAUUUUUUAAAAUCUCUUAGCCAUGGAAAGAGAAGCACUAAGACUGUUUUUAGGCUUUAUUUUAAAAUAAAUAGCUGACCUCUAA